AUUGCGCCCCCAUUCUUCCACCCGCGGAGGCGAUCAGCUCCUCACUCGUCGUCGUCGAGAAUUAGGUGAUGCGUGUCUCGGUCGAAAUGGCUCGUUUGGUAGUCCCGUGGAAAGGUUCGAGUUUGGUAAAGAAUGGGUUUCUCGGCGUCUUGUCUUCCUUUCAUCUUCAGCAUCCACUUCGCUUUUCAACUUUAUCUUCUCCAAGAAAUAGUUAUUUUACAAAUAAUCACGAUAAUUGCAAUUUGAACAUUAAGGUCGAGGGUUCAUAUUGGUGCAGAGGCCUCUUACCAUCGUGUUCACCUAGUUUAAAGUUAAGUGGCAAAAGAUUUACUUCUUUGGUUGCAACACAACCUGUACCAGCACAAUCUGAGGAGUCAAAGAUGGAUAUGCCAAGAGAGAUCUUUCUGAAGGACUACAAGAUGUCAGAUUAUCUGUUUGACACGGUUGAUUUGAGAUUUGAUUUAGGGGAGGACAAGACUAUAGUCUCAUCAAAAAUUGCUGUUUUGCCAAGAGUUGAAGGUGCUCCGUGUCCAUUGGUUCUUCAUGGAAGUGAUCUUAAGCUAUUAUCAAUUAAAGUUGAUGGAAAGGAAUUGAAGAAAGAAGAUUUUCACUUGGACCACCAUCACCUAACCCUGCCAUCACCACCAGCCAGUGCAUUUAUACUGGAAAUUGUGACAGAGAUAUAUCCUCAGAAGAACACAUCUUUGGAGGGCCUUUACAAGUCUUCUGGUAAUUUUUGCACACAAUGUGAAGCUGAAGGGUUUCGGAAAAUAACCUUUUAUCAGGAUCGCCCUGAUGUGAUGGCAAGAUACACUUGUCGAAUUGUAGCUGAUAAGACUCUUUAUCCGGUGCUUUUAUCUAAUGGGAAUCUGAUAGAGCAAGGCGAUCUUGAGGGUGGAAAACAUUAUGCUUUAUGGGAAGACCCUUUUAAAAAACCAAGCUAUCUGUUUGCAUUAGUUGCUGGACAAUUAGAAAGCAGAGAUGAUAAAUUUGUUACCCACUCUGGCCGUGAGGUAAAAUUGAGGAUCUGGACCCCUUCAGAGGAUGUACCCAAAACUGCCCAUGCUAUGUAUUCCCUUAAAGCAGCUAUGAAGUGGGAUGAGGAUGUAUUUGGUCUUGAAUAUGAUCUUGAUUUGUUCAACAUUGUGGCUGUUCCUGAUUUUAAUAUGGGUGCCAUGGAAAACAAGAGCUUAAAUAUAUUCAACUCUAAGCUUGUCUUGGCAUCACCAGAAACUGCUACAGAUGGAGAUUAUGCUGCAAUUCUGGGAGUGAUUGGUCACGAGUAUUUCCAUAAUUGGACUGGAAACAGAGUCACGUGCCGUGACUGGUUCCAACUAAGUCUAAAAGAAGGUCUUACUGUCUUUAGAGACCAGGAGUUUUCAUCUGACAUGGGCAGCCGGACGGUUAAGCGCAUUGCUGAUGUUUCAAGAUUGAGGAAUUAUCAAUUCCCACAGGAUGCUGGACCAAUGGCACACCCAGUCCGGCCACAUUCAUAUAUCAAGAUGGACAACUUCUACACUGUAACGGUCUAUGAAAAGGGUGCUGAAGUUGUUAGAAUGUAUAAAACUUUGCUUGGAAGUUCAGGGUUUCGAAAGGGCAUGGAUCUAUAUUUUAAGAGACAUGAUGGACAAGCAGUGACCUGUGAAGAUUUUUUUGCUGCCAUGUGUGAUGCAAAUGAUGCAGAUCUCUCUAGUUUCUUAUUAUGGUAUUCUCAAGCUGGGACGCCUCAAGUAAGGGUUACUUCUUCAUAUGAUCCUGAUGCUCAGAUGUACUCUUUGAAGUUCAGUCAAGAAGUGCCACCUACUCCUGGUCAACCUGUGAAAGAACCUAUGUUUAUACCUAUAGCUCUUGGGCUACUUGACUCAAGUGGAAAGGACAUGCCCCUUACUUGUGUUUAUCGUGAUGGAGUGCAGCAGACAAUUUCAUCAAAUGAUCAACCCGUGUGGAAAACUGUUCUUCAUGUUAAAAAGAAGGAAGAAGAGUUUGUAUUUGCCAAUAUACCUGAACGGCCAAUUCCUUCACUAUUACGGAAUUAUAGUGCUCCAAUUCGUCUUGAUUCUGACCUUACGGAUAGUGAUUUAUUCUUUUUGCUAGCACAUGAUUCAGAUGAAUUUAAUAGAUGGGAGGCUGGUCAAGUUUUGGCACGCAAACUGAUGUUAAGUCUUGUAGCGGACUUCCAGCAAAACAAAUCAUUGAGUCUGAACCCAAAGUUUGUUGAAGGGAUCAGAUGCAUUCUAUGCAACACAAGCUUGGACAAAGAAUUUAUUGCGAAGGCAAUUACUUUGCCCGGUGAAGGGGAGAUAAUGGACAUGAUGACAGUUGCAGAUCCUGAUGCUGUUCAUGCUGUUCGCGUCUUCAUCAAAAAGCAGAUUUCUCUCAACCUGAAGCAAGAUCUCUUAGCCACAGUGAUAAACAACAGAAGCUCUGAGACAUAUGUUUUUGACCAUCACAAUAUGGCCCAACGUGCUUUGAAGAACACAUCUCUUGCUUAUCUUGCAUCAUUGGAUGAUCCAGAGCUCACAGAACUUGCGUUGCAUGAAUACAAGUCUGCCACUAAUAUGACUGACCAAUUUGCUGCUUUAGCUGCCAUAGCCCAAAAUGCAGGUCAAGUUCGUGAUGAUGUUCUAUCUGACUUCUAUACGAAGUGGCAGCAUGAUUUUUUGGUUGUGAAUAAAUGGUUUGCUCUUCAAGCCAUGUCUGACAUUCCAGGGAACGUCAUAAAUGUUCAAAAGUUGUUGAGCCACCCUGCAUUUGACUUGCGAAAUCCUAACAAGGUAUACUCACUAAUUGGAGGAUUUUGUGGCUCACCUGUGAAUUUCCAUGCAAAAGAUGGGUCAGGCUACAAAUUUUUGGGAGAACUAGUGUUACAGUUGGACAAGAUUAACCCUCAGGUGGCAUCUCGCAUGGUGUCAGCCAUCUCUAGGUGGAGGCGCUAUGAUGAGCACCGGCAAGCUCUUGCUAAGGCACAACUGGAGAUGAUAAUAUCAGCAAAUGGACUAUCAGACAAUGUGUAUGAGAUCGCUUCCAAGAGCUUGGCGGCCUGAGUUGUGACUCUAGAUGCUUCUUUCCUGUCAUCAUGUUCCUAACAUGGCAUAUGAUAUCUUUGAAAUAUUGAUGCUGGAACUUGCUGUUUUCUCCCAUGUGGCGUAGACUUUUCAUACUAUAUAUUUUGGAUAAUAAUAAGAUCGAUGCAUCUAUAUGCUGCACCUGAAAAAUCAA